UUUCGGUCACUUAACGUUUGAUUGUGUAGACUUCGGCAAAUUAAUAAGACAUUUUCCAUUGGCCGGUUCAGAGCUGUGCUUACAAGUUGAUUGUGCUCAGGAUUUUGGCCAAGAUAAAAUAUGUCGGUAAUUUUAAAAGGUGCUGUUAAAUUAUACUAUUAUCUAAAUGAAGAAAUUGCAGAUCCAAGGACACAAAACUGGUACCUAAUGCGUACUCCGUGGCCAGGGCUGGCCCUGAUGAUUUUGUACCUGCUGACUGUAUUCAAAUGGCUGCCCAAGUACAUGAGCAGUCGACCAGCGUACGACCUGCGGCCAGUUAUAGCAGUCUACAACAUUAUACAAAUCAUCGGGUGUUCCUAUGUCGUCUACCAAAGUUUAGCGCUAGGCUGGUUGAAUCACUACUCGUUCAUCUGCCAGCCAGCCGACGACGGGCCGCACAGUGUCGAGUACGCCUGGAGGGUGUGCUACAUGUACUUUGUCAUUAAGUUCGCGGAUCUAUUAGACACGAUAUUUUUCGUUCUGAGAAAGAAACAGAAUCAAGUGACCUUCCUUCAUGUGUACCACCACUUUGGAAUGGUUGCGGUUUCAUGGGGUAUUGUCAAAUGGGUACCAGGCGGCCACAUAACUUUUCUGAUAUCGGCAAACUGUUUCGUUCACAUAAUAAUGUACAUAUAUUAUCUACUUACUACAUGGGACGAGUCGUACAAGAAAUCGCUUUGGUGGAAGAAACACGUAACUCAGAUACAGAUUAUUCAGUUCACGAUUAUACUAAUCCAUUUUCUGUUACUGGUGGCGACCAAAGACUGCAGGUUUCCACGAGAGCCCGCCUACAUCAUGAUACCACAGAACCUAUUCAUGGUCAUACUGUUCUGUGACUUCUAUUAUAAAGCUUACAUUAGAAAACCAAAAAGUGUAUAAUAAAUAAUGCGCUCGAG